AUGAUUGAACCUGAUCUCUUAAACAAGAAUAAUAAUAGUAGUAGUAGUAAUACUAAAAGUAAUAAUAAUAAUAGUAAUAGCAAUAACAAUAAUAAUGUCAAUAAUAGUAUGAAGAGUUUAAAUAUCAACAAUAAUAAUGAAUCUCAGCAACAGCAACAGUCAUUGUCUGCUAAUCAGCAGAUUUAUUCUAUAACAUUGACUGGAAAUGGUUCUGAACCACCCUUUUCUGCCAAAGGAAUGGUGUUGGAUGAAUUGGGUGUGUUACGUAUCAUCAUCCCAAGUGGUCUCGAAGUAGCUGCCUCUAACCCUAUCAUCUAUUCCAACUAUCCCAAUAACCCAACUGACACCUUUAAACGUGAUCAAUUUGCUCCAUUCCAAACUGGAAAUAUUAAACAUGAAUAUUAUGGUAAUAAUGAUUUAAUAUUUGAAAAGAAGAUUGAAAGAUAUGGAUGUUUUGAUUAUUAUGUUGAAUGGACUGAUAGAAUGGGUAAGACUGUCAAGAAGGGUACUAUUGGUACAUUCCAAAUCAACACUACGCUUUUGAUCAACGCCAAAGAGGUGAGUGGUGAUGGUAUUGUGAUGCAGACCGUGUUGACCAAGUGUAUGGGUGCUAUUGACCAAUGGGAGUCGCAUAUCAAUAUGAUCGACCUCGUGUGGAACCAUACUGCCAACAACAGCCAUUGGCUCAAGGACCACCCAGAGGCUGGCUACAACAUUGACAACUCGCCACACCUCAAAGCUGCCAUCACACUCGACGACGCCUUUAUGGAGUUUAGUGAAAAGAAUGUCGGCAUGCAUGUCGAGAGUGCAGAAGAGUUGGAGUUGCUCGUCGCCAAGAUCAAGGAUCAUGUGAUUGCACCACUCAAGUUGUGGGAGUUCUACGUCCUCGAUAUUGAAAAGGAGUUGGAUAUCUUCUCGUCGGCAUACCCCGCAUCGGUGCCACCCGUCGAUCCCAACCAACCACCCGCCUCACCGUAUCUACCCAUGUCGCCAAAGAACAUGAACGAGUCGGCCUACUUGGUGGACAAUAUCUUUAAAAAGGGUAUGGUGCGCGACCCCACCUACGACCGUUACUCGAUGCACAUUGACCUCAACCACACCUUCCAGUUGCUCAACAACACUGCCUCGUUUAAACCUCUCACACUCAUUGAAAAGAAGCAAAAGUAUGAAGACUAUUUGCGUCUCGUCAACCUCACGCUCUACCGCGAGUAUGAUACCGAUCUAGCAGCCAUUGUACAAAACAUCACUGAACGUAUCAAAUACGAGCGUAUUGCUCCCCACGGACCCAAGCUUGGCGAGGUGUCGACACGCCACCCACUCAUCGACUCGUACUUUACAAAGGUCGAUCACCGUCAAGCCGAUGGCAGCCAACGCAAGCUACAUCUUGCCAACAAUGGAUGGAUUUUCAAUUACAACCCAGCCAUUGAUUUUGCCAGCAAGGAUAGUAAAGCCUAUUUGAGACGUGAUGUUAUCAUUUGGGGUGACUGUGUCAAGAUGCGUUAUGGUAGUGCUCCAGCCGACAACCCUUGGCUCUGGGAUCACAUGCGUCAAUACACUGAACGCAUGGCAUCUAUUUUCCACGCCAUUCGUAUUGACAAUUGUCACUCUACUCCAAUCCACGUUGCCCAAUAUCUUUUAGACAUUGCCCGUGCAGUUCGUCCAUCCAUCUAUGUGACAUGCGAGCUCUUUACAGGCUCUGAAGACGCCGACUCUGUAUUUGUCAAACGUCUUGGUAUCAACUCACUCAUUAGAGAAGCAAUGGUUGCACAUGACAGUAGUGAGUUGGGAAGAGUUUGUCAUCGUUAUGGUGGUCGUCCAAUCUGUUCAUUUGAGAGUAUUCCACCAUCGAGCAACGAUAACAAUGCCAUCAACUUUACCAACAAUCAAAUUGGUGUAAAGUCACUCAAACCAACCCUUCCACCAGCUCUCUUUAUGGAUUGUACCCAUGACAAUCAAACACCUGCUCAAAAGCGUACCAUCAAGGAUACCCUACCAAAUGCUGCCAUUGUAGCAAUGACCGUAUCUGCUAUUGGUAGUACUCGUGGUUAUGAUGAAAUCUAUCCUCAUACAAUUGAUUUGGUCAAUGAAAAACGUAUCUACCAAGUUCAAAAUGAUAUUAAUAAUGGUAUUCAACCUUUAAAAUCUUUAUUAAAUAAUUUACAUCUUGAAUUAUCAAAUAAUAAAUAUACAGAAGUUCAUAUUCAUCAAGAACAUAAUGUAAUAUUGGUACAAAGAUUUUCUCCAUCAUUAAACAAAUCAAUAUUUUUACUUGCUCAUACAUGUUUUUCAGAACAAAAACCAGAAGAUAUUAAAUUACCAGAUGUAAUUCAAAUUCCUUGUAAAUUAACAGAAUUUAUUUGUGGAGCAAAUAUAACAAAUUCAUAUCAAGAUCAUUGGAAUAGAGAUCAAAAUUAUUUGACUGGAGUUCAUUUAGAUGUUGAUACUAGAUAUGGCGAUAGAGUUUAUGAAAAAUAUUGUUAUGUUGAAUCUGAAUAUAAUUUACAUCAUAAUCUUCAUCUAAAAUUAAAAGAAUUCCCACCAGGAUCAAUAUUAUUAUUUAGAGGAGAAAUACCAAAAGAAUGUAAUCAAGCAAUUAAUCAAUUGAAUGGAGUUUUGGAGGAAAGAAAGAAAUUGGAACAAACUCUUGAAAAGGUAUCAUUGAUUGAUUUGAAUAUUCUUAUUUUCAGACAUCAUGAUGAGGAAAAGGCAGUUGGAGGUGGUGGAUACAAUGUAGCCAACUUUGGAUUCCUUCCCUAUUGUGGUUUGCAAGGAUUUGCCACUAUUCUAAACCAAGUAUCUGAAUGGAAUGAUCUUGGUCACCCUCUAUGCAAUAAUAUUAGAGAAGGUGAUUGGGCAAUGGAUUAUAUCGUUCAACGUCUUUUGGUGAGUGGUCGUAACAAUCUCCAAGGUAUUGCCAAAUGGUUGGCUGAUUGUUUCGUACUUGUCAAACGUUUACCAAGACACUUUAUCCCCAAAUACUUUCAUCAAGUCGUUACUAUUGCCUAUCGUGCCGCUGUGGACAAGGCAAUCACUCUGAUGUCACCAUUUGUCAAUAGUCGUGAAAGUUCAUGGUUUGUUCGUGCUUUGGCAUUGUCGUCACUCGAGUUUUAUGGUACAGUCACACCAUUGAUUGCUCACCAUCCAGAGGUAACUGAUCCAUUUGGACCUGAUGGAAAUGCAUCAAUGGCUGCAGGAUUACCACACUUUUGCGCUGGCUAUAUGCGUGCAUGGGGAAGAGAUACAUUCAUCUCUUUACGUGGGCUCAUGUUGACAACCGGUCGACUAGACGAGGCCAAGCAACUGAUCAUUGGAUUUGCUUCGAGCUUGCGAUUCGGUCUCAUUCCCAAUCUACUAGACAGUGGUACACGUCCACGUUACAACUCUAGAGACAGUGUCUGGUGGUGGAUCAAGAGUGUCCAAGACUAUUGUGAGAUGGGCGGUGAGGUACGUGCCAACGACAUGCUCAACUAUCGCGUGUUCCGUAUCUUCCCCAACGACCAGUCCUCCCCCUACUCUACAGUACACGACAUUUUACACGAGAUUAUGCAAUCACAUGCCCGUGGUAUUCACUUUAGAGAACCACAUGCUGGUCGUGAGAUUGACGAUCGUAUGAAGGACGAGGGAUUCAAUGUAGAUAUUGACAUUAAUCCAGCCACUGGAUUCCUCUAUGGUGGAAACCUGUACAACUGUGGAACAUGGAUGGACAAGAUGGGAGAGUCGACCAAAGCAAGAAACUAUGGUGACCCCGCCACCCCAAGAGACGGUGCACCUAUUGAAAUCACCGCCAUGGUCUAUGUCACUGCCAAGUGGCUCGCAGCCAUCAACAAGACGGGCCAAUUCAAGUAUGCCAGUGUCAAGUUGGGAGCCGACGAAAAGAUCGAGUGGACCUAUUCUCAAUGGGCAGAUACUAUCAAGGCCAACUUUGAAAAGCAAUACUAUAUCCCAUCGUCAUCUGACGAUAAAAAGUAUAAUAUCAACUCGUCAUUUGUACGUCGCCGUUAUAUCUACAAGGAUACUGUUGGCUCAAAGAACUCUUAUUCCGACUAUCAAUUCCGUCCAAAUCAAUUGGUUGCUAUGGCAUUUGCACCAGAGCUCUUUACCAGAGACUAUGUAUUGCGUACACUAGACAUUACAAAGCAAUCGCUUAUCGGACCACUUGGAGUACGUACACUUGAUCCAAACGAUACAGACUAUCACGCCAACUAUAACAACUCGUUGGAUAAUGACUAUCGUCCAACUGCCAAGGGAUUCAACUAUCACAACGGACCAGAAUGGCUAUGGCUCUAUGGUUUCUUCCUCGAGUCUCUUGUAAAGUUUAACCAUCUCUACCCAUCCACUCCCAACCAAUCACUAUCUCCAUCCCCCAUCCCAUCUCCUCUAAUUAUAUCCCCAUCUUCAUCCCUCAUAUCCAUGACCCAUUUGGUUGAAUCAUUCCUCCAACGUCACAAAUCCUAUAUUCUUCAAUCAUCUUACUUUUCUCUUCCAGAGUUGACCAACCGUGAUGGUGCCCACUGUCGUGAUGGUUGUGAUGCUCAAGCUUGGUCUAUUGCUACUUUAUUGGCUUCUCUUAACGUUUUAUUUCAACAAAAACAACAAAUUCAUCAUUAA